UGCUGCUUGCCGACACCACAUCGCAUCCGUCGCCUGUCAACAGCGCUUCGGAGAGCCGCAACAACUUCGCACCACAACCUCGCUCCCGGCCUCUAACAACUACGACAUAGCCUUUUAGGAUGCUGUCCAGCUUAGGGAACCCGCGGCAAGCUGCGGCGCAGCUCAUGAACUUUGGGCUAAUCCUAUCGUCGGCAUUCAUGAUGUGGAAAGGUCUUUCGGUCAUCACAGACUCCCCCUCCCCGAUUGUCGUCGUCUUGUCUGGCAGCAUGGAACCCGCAUUCCAGCGUGGCGACCUGCUUCUCCUCUGGAAUCGCAAUCUCAUGUCCGAGACCAACGUCGGCGAGGUUGUUGUGUACAAUGUGAAGGGAAAGGACAUCCCCAUCGUCCACCGGGUAGUGAGAAAGUUUGGGACUGGGCCAGACGCGAAACUUCUUACAAAGGGAGACAACAAUGCAGCAGAUGAUACCGAACUCUACGCUCGCGGGCAGGAUUAUCUGAACAGGAAAGACAUCGUCGGGAGCGUUGUUGGAUACGUGCCCUUUGUGGGAUACGUGACCAUCAUGCUGUCAGAACAUCCUUGGUUAAAGACAGUCAUGCUUGGAAUCAUGGGGUUGGUUGUCGUUCUUCAGCGCGAAUAGUACUACCGAAACCCUACCAACGACGUGUGUCCGGCUCUACGGUGCGUUUUCUCUCACCUUUCUCCAGGAGGUAGACAUACA